AUGUCUGAAGAAGAAAAGGCCAAGGUACUUGGGGUAACCCCUGAACAAACCCACCAGUUCCUUGAUAUCAUUAACAGAGCAUUCAAUCCAAACCACAGUGAAAAAACCCAAAAUACCAUCAAAAGUAUUUUUGAUUACAUUCAAGAUGCGGUCUACAAAAUGGAGAAGACAGACGAUAGAGACAAAACUUCAAAGGAGAUAGUGGAGGAUUUGGGUAAUAAGUUUAAGGCUUGGGCCGAUGGAGUUAAGAAAAGAGAAGAGCAAAGAAAGCUUGAAACAGAGGGAAAAAAGGAAUAA